UUCAUUUUUUGUUUUCAAUGCUGAUUAUCAUACCUAAAAUGAAAAGAAUGUAGAUUAUGGUCGUAUGGCUGAAAUACUCGUUCGGAGGGCAGGCUCUACUGAUGAAUUCACUCGGUUGACAUCUAUCACAUGGAUCAACGAGUUUGUGAAGCUUGGUGGGGAACAACUUGUUCCCUACUAUGCAGAUAUAUUGGGCGCUGUCUUACCAUGCAUAUCUGACGAGGAGGAGAAAAUCCGAGUGGUUGCACGCGAAACAAAUGAGGAACUCCGUGCUAUAAAAGCUGAUCCAGCUGAGGGAUUUGAUAUCGGAGCAAUUCUUUCAAUCGCAAAAAGGUUCUCUAUAAAGUCCCUUGGAAAUGAAACUAUGUAGAACUGUUAGGCAUCU